GAAAAUGAUAUAGAUUUUUUUUUUUUUUGACAGCCCAUGUAUUUCCCAUAAGAGAAAACGAAAGGAGAGUUACAAAAAUUAAUUUUUUAUAAUAUAAAAUUAUAUGAACAACAACAGGUUUUAAAAUUUCAAUAAUUAAAUAAAAUGUGUGAAAAACAUGAAAAAGUGAAUAGUGAACAACAACAAAGCACAAAACAUUGACUUGUCAUUAGCAGCGAGCAGCUUCUAAAUUGCAAUUUUGUUGAGAAGAUUAGGUCUACACAUUUUAACAACAAGACCAAAAGAAUCAACGAUUAAAAAUGGAAUCAGCAAGCAAUGCCGCUCAAAAACAAAAGUUCCAUAUCUGUGGUGUUAAUCAAUGCCAUCAAUAUCGAAGUCCCGGAAUUUCGAUGCACCGAAUACCAAAAAAAGUAUUGUCCAAUCGCAACGAACUCCUCAAAUGGAAGCAAAUUUUAAAGAUGGGAAAGCCUUUUCCAAAAAACUUCGUUAUUUGCAGCAGUCAUUUCAAAGAAGGCCAAAUUUUAAAAUCGCUUCCAAGAGGGAAAAGGUCACAUUCCUAUCUUGUGGAUACGGCUUUUCCUUCUUUAAAUUUACCAAAAUCAAUAAUAAUAACGAAGAUAGAAAACAACAAGCAAGACAGACUCGAACGUUUAAAGAAGAGACAUGAUGAAUUUUCUCGACAAAAUAGUUUAAAUGUUGAAAGAAGUAAAGUUCAAGAAGUCAGUUUAUCUAAAGACACCUCAGAAACGGUUAUAAUAAAUCAAAAUAAUGAAAUCAAUGAAUUCAAUACGAUUGGGAUUCAAUGUGAAGUAGAAGUUGCAGAUAAAGGUACUCAGGUGAGUGAAAAAGAAGACCUGCAUUUUUACUCGCUCCCAUUCGCCCUUGAUACCGAUGAAAAACUGAAUACAAUGACUGGGAUCCCAACCCUUGAUUUUCUUGAAAAACUUGUUCAGUUUUGCUUACUGGUUCGACCUUCAGUAGGAGAAAAGAAAAGAGGAAUGUGUGUCAAAAACAAAAUAAUUUUGUGUAUGUACAGAUUAAAAAACAACUCAACCAAUGCUCACAUAUCAAUUUUAUUUAAUCUUUCGUCAAAAACUGCAAAGACAUAUUUUACAAGCUACAUCCAACUGCUUUCUAAGGCCUUAAAGCCGUUCAUUUAUUGGCCAACAACUGAAGAGAAUCAAAAAAGCAUGCCCAAAUGUUUUGAAAAAUUUUCAAACGUAGUUACUGUGCUGGAUUGUACAGAGAUAAGAACUGUGCAAUUCCGUUGCCUGACUUGCAAAUGCUGCACUUACUCGCAUUAUAAAGGCACACACACUGUGAAAGUAAUGGUCGGAAUUACUCCAUCAGGAUUAGUUAACUUUAUUAGUCCUUCAGUAUCGGGAAGAACGUCUGACAAAGCAGUUUUUAAUUUAACCGGAUUAAUAAAGGUAUUGAAACCAGGUGAUGCAGUUAUGGUGGACAAAGGGUUCAUGAUUGGGAACGAACUAUUUCAAGCCGGAAUAGAAAUGAUACGUCCACAAUUCAUGAACCCUGAAAGAACGAGAGAUGAUGUUGAAAAAGAUCGACUUAUCGCGUCUGCAAGGGUGCAUGUAGAGAGACGUUUUGCGAGAAUCAAACAAUUCAAAAUGCUGUCUGAAAAAGUGACAGAAUCGAUGCUCCCAUAUUUUGAUGACAUCGUAACAGUUGUUUGUGCUAUUUCAAACUUGAGCUCGCCAAUACUUUCUGAUGAAAAGUUUUAAGCCCUCCAUGGAAUAAGAAAAGCCUUGUGUUAUUGUCAGUUCAACUUUAUAUAUUAUUAUACUAAAUAAUUUCAAUUUCUGAAGUGUAAAGCAGCUGAAGUGAAACGAAAAAUUUUAAAGUAUCCAAAGUCAACAGCGAACAUGUUAACGAAAAAAUACUAUCGGGUAUUGUAGCAAAGUAAAAAUAAUAAAAAUACAAAUAAAAAAAAUACAAAAACAUCAGAAAAUAAGUUUCAAAGCAAAAACAAAACAAAUUUAAUUUCGUUUAAGAUUUCGCAAACGAAAUUUUUUUAUGGAAAAUUUCGUUUCGCUUCAGCUGCGUAAGGGGCAUAAAUAAAAAAAAAAU